AUGGAACCAAGUCUUCCGAUAGAAGAUUACAAGCGAUACGGGCGCCAGAUGAUUCUUGACGGAUUUGGAUUACCAGGUCAGCUCAAGUUAUCCAAAGCGUCAAUAGCCGUCGUAGGAGCAGGAGGACUGGGUUGUGCUGCUUUGCCAUACCUCGCCUCCGCUGGUGUUGGAAGAAUCGGCAUUUUCGAUCACGACAUAGUUGAGAAAUCUAAUCUCCAACGACAAAUCCUGCACAACGAAGACACACUAGGAGCGUUCAAAGUAGACUCUGCUAAACAACACACCCUCCUUCCCGACAUUAACAAGACCUCUAGACUAAAUUCCGCCAUCCAAAUCGACACCACAACAGAAUCCAUAACAUCCCAGAACGCUCCCUCCCUCCUCGCACCUUACGACAUAAUUCUAGAUUGCACAGACAACGUACCCACACGAUACCUCCUCUCCGACACAGCAGUAGCCCUCAACAAACCCCUCGUCAGUGGAGCUGCGCAGAAAUUCGAUGGUCAACUCUCCGUGUUCAAUCUAGGACCAAAUAGUCCAUGUUAUAGAUGCGUCUUCCCCGUUCCUCCAAAACCUGCCAACGCAGGGAGCUGUGAGGAGUUGGGAAUAUUGGGCCCGGUGGUGGGUACGAUUGGGAACUUGCAGGCGGUGGAGACAAUCAAGGUUUUGACAGGGCUCGCUGACCCAUCGGCUCCUCCGACAAUGCUUCUCUACAAUGCACUCUCCAGUCCCCCAUUCCGCACAAUCAAACUUCGAUCUCGUCGAGAGUCAUGUCCGGCUUGUGGAAGCAAAGGAGACAAAACCAAGAUUGCUGAAACGGACUAUGUCCAGUUCUGCGGAGGAUCCAAGCCAGACUGGGAGACACUGGGUCUGAAAGCAGGCAGCCCCGAGGAAAGAUUAUCCGUCAGUCGUCGGGAAAUGCAGGACUUGCAAGAGAUCAUACAAUCCAACAAGCCGUUUGACCUCAUCGACGUCCGCCCACCAACUGAAUUUGGAAUCUGCAGCCUUCCCAACUCCCAAAACGUCUCCCUCAAACAGAUCCUGGCCAAACCUCAAGACUACCUUUCACCAUCAAAAGAAACCAUCGUCGUGUGCAGACUGGGGAACGACUCGCAACUCGCAGCAGACGCACUGCGACAAGCCGGUGGAGAGGGCAAGGUUCGAGAUGUCAUCGGAGGACUCAGAGCCUGGUCAAAGAUCAACAAAAACUUUCCCGAUUACUGA